AUGCUGACCAUCAAAGCUCUCAACGCCGACACUUCUUUCCUUGCCACUUUCAGUCCUUCGUGUGCGCCUGAUGCUCCUUCGGCCGCCCAAUUUCCCGGAUCCUUCACCGUCCUCAUCGACCCAUGGCUUUCGGGGCCCUCGCAGAUUCUAAGUCCCAAAUUCUCGAUAUCAUGGCACAACACUGCCUCCUGCGUCUCUUCUCUCGCCGACCUCCCUGAGCCGGAUUUGAUCAUCAUCUCCCAGGACAAGCCGGAUCACUGCCACGAAGCGACGCUACGGACGCUGCCUUCAAAUGCUCGCUCCAUCAUUCUCGCUGCGCCGGCUGCGGCAAAGAAGAUACGGAAGUGGAACCACUUCGAGCACGCUGAGAACAUCCAUACCAUGAAGCCCUACUCUGCCACCGACGAUACCUGCCUCUUCCGACUCGAGAUCCCUGCAUUCUCGUCAUCCGGCUUGUCGGGAGAGAUCACCGUGGCGUAUAUGCCUGUUAAGCGCGAUAUUAGUGGUCUGCAUAGUGCUGUCGGGAUCACCUACCGCGCCCCUAGCAGUGUUCUGAGUCCAGUCAGGCAUACUUAUAUCAACCUACCACCAAGUCCACCAGAAUCUCCAUUUCCCCCAAACCAACCCCAAACGCCACAAAUUGAGGGCGAGCGCACCCUCUCUCUCCUCUAUUCCCCACAUGGCGUACCCUACUCCGUCAUCGCGCCCUAUGCGUCAUCACACCUCGUCUCGACCGGCGCGCUGCCGCUCACGACACUCGUGCACUCCUUCGAUCGCGUCGAUAAUCCCUGGUAUCUGGGCGGCAAUAUUGCGGCAGGAAAGCCAGGUGGUGUGGAAAUCGCAAGCAAGCUGAUGGCGCGGUGCUGGCUGAGCGCGCACGACGAAGAGAAGGACAAUAGGGGAGUGAGCGUGAGGAUGCUGAAGGUAAGCAAGUUUAAUGUGGAGGAGGUGAAGAAGAGCUUGGGAAAUGAGACAAGAGUCGCGCGUUUGGGGCCAGGUGAGGAAAUGAAGGUGGAUUUGGAUGAGGGAAAGAAGUAA